AUGUGGAACCCCCCGCGAUCGCCUGCUAGUCUUCUGAAAUCACGUGAUCGCAACUUCUCCAAGUCUUUUGAGAUUCCUCCCCGUCGUCCCAUCAUUACUCCUCGUCGAGUGCGCACCGGAAGGCUCUUGAAUAUUGGCGACUUCGAGUCUGAGCUGUCAGAGUUCCCCUUUCUCUCCAAGCACGAGAAGGUGCAUCCUCCAGCACCCCAGACCUUCGAGAGCCUUUACCGUCCAAGACUCAGGCGAUAUCCCACAUGUCAAAACGUGCGCGUGGAGGAACUCAUCGAUGACCAUGGAAUGGAAGGCUACAUCUUCAAGGUCAACAUAGAUGGAGAUGGUCCGUUCGCGCUGAAAGUGGUAAGCUGUCUUAUUCCGUGUGAAAUGAUGAAAGAUGAAUAUGAGCUGAUGUACUGGAAUUUUCGUAAGUUCAAACAAGUCCAUCGCCCCCCUCGUCCUCACAUCUGGCCAUUCCUUCGAGAGUCUCUAUUUUACUCUAGAGCGGAAGCUGUCAAUGCAAGUGUGCUGAACGGCAAAUCGCUCCCGGAAGGCCCUCCUCCAGAACCAUAUACCCUUGAUGAUAUGCUUCGAUUCCUACGAUCAUUUUCUUCAGAUCACGACACAAGAAACCAAAAAGGAAAGGACGACCAGGCUCCAAAUACCACUGAAAGCUGCAAGAUUCUUUCCGACAUGGACGGUAGUUUGGGAUGGAUCAGGUUGAACCAUAAGGACAUGAACUACCUCAUACGCAAAUGGGAACUGGAUGUUGGAUUUACAAUGAACGGCGCUGGUUUCCAGGACGACCCAUUUGGGAUCGUGAAGAAACUCGUAGUUUCUAACGCUCCGCUAGACCCCCCAAAAAUCGUACGGUGGUUGGAUCUGGCAUCCUACCUAGGAUUUGAUCUCAGCGUGUUUGAACCGCGGAACUGGUUGGGCGAAGGAAUUCUUGUGGACAGUGGCGAUGUCCUGACGUUACCAUUCCAAGGGAAAUGGCAGAUCAUGGCUCAGUCCCACAAAACCUUACGAGCAAAAUUCCAAGCAGAAGUCAGCUGA